UUUUAAAGUUUUGGCUUGCUUGGGAAAAUAUAUUCCGUGCCAACAAAAUGUUGACCAUUCUGACGUCACACAUCCAAGAUGGCGGCCGCCGUCAAGCGCCCUUUGCCGAACAAAGUCCGAAUUCGAAGAAGCCAAAGUCUACAAAACUGUUACACCCGAGUUGCGUCAUACACUGAGUGGCGUUUUCUGGGCGAAAUUUUCGUCCUUUUCUCAAAUGGUUAUAUUUCUGAGUCCUGACUUACUACAACGUGUAAGGUACAGAAACUGGAGAAAGUGUAGCAGUUCGAUCCUGGCUACGGUCAUCAGGAUAUUCACACCGCCGCCAUGGCCCUGAGUAAGCCUAGCAGCCCGGACCCGGUCUACACCCCAGGUACGGCUCGGGGGGCUAAACUGGCAGCUCUGCUGGUGGACGAGGGGACUUCGCUGGUCAGGAAGAUAUUUGAAGAUGAAAUCCACAAAAUGCACCCUCCAAGCCUUCAAAAGCAGCUGGGAAAGCACAAGAAACAUCUCAUUGGAUUAUAUAACUUAAAUCCUGGUCAGAAGAAAGCUUUGUAUCCAGUCAACGGUUAUAUGCCAGAUAGUGUACAGGGGCUAGACAUAUCACUCUUAGAAUUCCUAUUGAAAGAACUGUGUACAAACGCACCGUACUCAGGUCCGAGGAACAGACUUCGGCAAUACAGGAACAAAAAUUACGGGCACAUUUCAAGCACGGACCUGUCUGAAGAAGACUUUGACAGACUGUGGAAGGAACUGACGGAAAUCCUUGUUGACCUCGGCGGGGACAGAGACAAGAUUUCAGAAAGACUUAACACCAGUAUCGACCCGGAACAGGAAGCAAAGCACUUCAACCUACUAGAGAAACUUUACAAGGAUGACAUGGAGGUCAAAGACCUUCUCCUGGCUCAGGGACAUAGUCUGAGAAAAUGUCAAGAAGACGUUUUGGAUCAUGGAAGGAGCCUGCUAAAAGGACAAGAAGCUGUCUUAAAUCAAGGAGAGGGCCUAAAAGAAGACAUUUUACAUCAAGGCGACAGCCUUAAGAGGGGGCAAGGUAAUCUUUCAGCUCAAGGUGAAUGUCUAAAGAAAGGUCAAGAGACUCUUUUCGCCCAAGGAGAGAGACAAAUAUAUGGACAAGAAACAAUUUUGGUGGAGUUGAGAAAGUUGCCAGAGAAACUCCGUGAUGCUCAUACCCCAGACCCAGGAGCGGACUCAGGACCACCUGAAAACUCAACUUCCAUGACAGGAUUGGCUGGUGCCCCUGAUGACGUCAUCACCUGCCUGAAGGACCUGUACUCUACAGAGUAUGAGCAUGUGCGGCCUCUGCCGUGGUGCGAAGACUUCAACCUUCAACUUGAAAGCAUCUACACCAACCUGCAACUCCAGCGAAGGGACAGUAGGGGGCACUUCGAAGACACCGGCGCUAUCGUAAGCUUAGGUGAUAUUUACAAUGCAAGGGAAGGUGAAGAUAGUCAUAGUAAUCUCAGAAAGGUACGAGUAGAGGGGGACCCUGGUAUUGGGAAGUCGUGCUCUUGUCAGAAGCUUGCCUAUGAUUGGUCCUGUGGGAAACUGGACAGGUUUAAGCUUGUGUUCUUUCUGGAAAUGCGACACUUAGCUGGAACAUUAAAAGAUGCUAUUUUUGAGCAGCUCCUACCAAAGGAUGCCAAAACCACCUCUGACCAGCUCUGGUCCUAUAUCCAAGAUAACCAGGAUGAUGUUCUCUUCAUCCUGGACGGUCUAGAUGAGCUCAGUAAGGCAGCUAGGGAAGUCACAGAUGUGGUGGACUUGAUUCAAGGUAAAAUCCUCAGGAACUGCCAUGUCCUGGUGACUUCCAGGCCGUACCACUGUGUCAAAGAUCUGGACAAAUGCCAUAAGUUUUACAAAAUCGUAGGCUAUAGCAAGAAAAAUUCAGAGGGUUUCAUACAAAGAUACUUCCACGAGUCUCCAGAAUCUGCUUCUAAGCUAGUGAAACAGAUACAAAGUAACACAAAUCUAUCAGAAAUUGUAGUUAAUCCCCUCAAUAAUGUACUUAUUUGUGCUGUUUGGGAAGAUAACAACAAUCAGUUACCUUACAGCAAUGCGGAACUUUAUGAAAUGAUUGUUUUCUCCAUUGCUAAGCGAUUCUGUACAAAGAAUACCCUUCCCAUGGAGGGGGACGAACUUCCUUCCAUCAUAGAAGAAGCCUUGCGAGGCCUGGGAAAACUGUCUUGGGAGGGUCUAGAGCAGGAGCAGCUCCAGUUUAACAUAGAUGAGAUCAUAAAGAAGUAUGACGCAGCGGCUGAUAACAUGUUGAAUAUGGGCCUCCUGACCAGAGAUUACUCUUUCUCAAGAAUCAAACGCACUCGCAUCUGCACCUUCCUGCACAAAACGUUUCAAGAAUACAUGGCCGCCCGCUACAUCAGUGGCACGGAUGAAAGUAGCAGAGAAGAGAGGAUGGCAUGUCUUCGUAUCAUGUUUGGUUUGACAAACUCUAGUCACAUCGACAGGGAGGUAAUUUUAAGUAGCCGCCGUAAAUACAGGGAGAUUCAAAACUGGUUACUUUUGAUCAUGGGUGAGAAUGCAGACCUGCUGUUUGACAUGUUUGCAGAGGAGCUAAACAAAGCCAAAACUGAUAAGGACAGGGAAGUUUUAACGUUUUUGUGUAUUACCUGGCUUGGCAAAAGUGCUGCAGGUGGUAAAAUGGCUGAAAUUUUAGCACCUUUUCUGUCUCAGCACGUAACUAACAACCUGGGUGAAUUGAGUGAUCAUUAUGAUCAUAUCAGUUGGUUUGUAGGGUUGACAUACGUACUGAACUGUCAAAAGAAACUCAGUGUGAGUAACAAUCCAAGGAUGAUACAGCACCUGACAGUCAAUUGCAGUCAUAUUGCUGCCGGUUCUUCACAAGAAGAGAAACUCGACUUGUUGGAAGACACAUUAUCAGAUUAUAACAAGAUGCGCUCUGUGACAUUAUUUGAGACUGGCGGUGGGAGUAGGGCUGUCCACCACAACUUCUCUCCAUUUCGCACAUUCAUACCUCGGUGUGGAACAGAAACUGUGUCCAUUUGUGUCAACACUAACAAUCCAUUAUAUCUGUACCUGCUAAGUUCAUUGGAGCAGCUUUCAGAGGCGCCAAUGGUAGAGCAUGUCAGAAUCGAUGUAGGUACUUUCCUGAGAGAAAUGAAUAUGGACGGGCCAGAUGUAGACUUCUCAGAAUAUGACAGGCUUUUGGCACAAAUGAUAAGAAGACAGAGCUGCCUUUGGUCCAUAAGGCUAGAGAUAGGUAGUUGGCAUCGUCACGAUACUGAAAUCAGCGGGUUCGGUAACCUUACAGAGACCCUACAAAGCAUCUCCGAACAUGCAAGACUUGAGGUCGUUGAGUUCGAACUUCCACGGAACGAUGUGUUGAUGACGUCCUCAAAUACAAAAUUCGAGAUGAUCGGUAUGAUUAACAAUGUGCAAAUGGUAAAGUACAAAAGACACGAGACAUUCGAUGUUGAGCCGAUGGUGCACGAACUCACAGACUGUAUAAAGAAGAAUAAGGCCCUAAAGACACUGAGGCUUAGAUGGAAACUCUGGGAUAACACAAUUAUAACCAAUAAAGUUUACCACGGAGUCUGCAGUAGCCAGACCCUCUCCAGCCUGUGUUCCGCGAUUCAGAGGAAUCGAACUUUGGAGACGCUGGAGAUUGACGGGAUGUUGUCUGAGUCCCAGUCAGGACGACAGGCAAAGAUAGUUGCCAAGUUACAGGGUAAUAAACCUAGCAACUAUAAGAAACUCAAAAUAACUAUGUCUGACCGCACGCCUGUUCAGGAUUUUGUCAUGUUUCCAGCUGCUUGGGUGGGGUACCAUGAGCAAUAGAACAUGUUUGGAACCCAGUGGUCCAUCAUAAGACCGGGAGUAGCGAAAGUCUUCAUAGUCACUCUAAAGGGCACAAAAGGUGACCUUUUGAAUUUAGAAGUGCCCUCAAAAUCAUUUUGAAGAUGGUUACAUGCAAGAUUACAACCGAUACAACCGAUACAAUUCGAAAGUGCCCUCAAAAUCAUUUUGAAGAUGGUUACAUGCUACAUUACAACCGAUACAGUAUAAUCAAUAUAAUGACAAUGUUAAUGAUCGUUAUUGCAUAUCCAUCACCUACACGGGCUGAAUGUGCACAAAUUAAAAAAAAAAAA